UUUUUCGUCGCGUCUCAGAGUGAUUGGGGCGUUCUCGAUGUUUUAAAUUUUGUAGCCUCCUGACAUAUAUUUACUAGUUACUCAAACGGCGGGCUCAAGGUGAUAUGGCUGAUGCCUUAGCGUGAGUUAUUUGGAAGAAAAUGUCAAGAUGCAAGCCAUCAACAAAGUUUGUUCCAGCAACAGUUGCAUGGUCGCUGCUGUUAGGAUGUACAGGAAUCUAUUUCUAUUACCCGUGCCAGUGGCUUCUGGUGAAACUUUACCCUUGGGGCUUUGUCAUACCUUUGUGUCAGGGUAUCCUUUCUUUUUUUGUCAUAGCAAACUUUUCACUGGCUACCUUCAUGAAUCCAGGCAUUGUUCCGAGAGCGUCAUCCGACGAAGACCGGGAUGACGACUUCCGGAUGCCGCUAUACAAGAACGUGGAAAUAAGCGGCAUCACAGUGCGCAUGAAAUGGUGCGCAACGUGCCAGUUUUACAGGCCGCCGCGCUGCUCCCACUGCAGUGUCUGCAACCACUGUAUAGAGACGUUCGACCACCACUGUCCGUGGGUAAACAACUGUAUCGGCCGGCGAAACUACCGGUUCUUCUUCCUGUUCCUGCUGUCGCUGACGCUGCACAUGGUGGCCAUCUUCGGCCAGUGCCUGGUGUUCGUGCUGGACAGGAGGCACGAGCUCGGAUCGGUCGACGUCAUCGCAACUCUGGCGGUGAUGGUGGUGAUCGGCCUGCUGUUUGUCCCCAUCAUGGGUCUGGCCGGCUUCCACACGGUGCUGGCCAGUCGCGGCCGCACUACCAACGAGCAGGUCACGGGCAAGUUCCGCGGCGGGUUCAACCCGUUCUCGCGCGGCUGCGGCGCCAACUUCUGCCGCACCCUCUGGGCGCCACAGUACCCCGAUGUGAUGGCGCUGGCGCGGCGCGCCCAGCGGCGGAGGCACCAGUACACGCUGCCCACGUCGCCGCAGCUGCCGCCGGCUGUCGCCGCCGACCACCAGGUCAAGCUGUAUAUCGACAACGGUAACGGUGUACGGGGCAAAGGCCAUGCCGCCCGCUACACGCAGGUACGUCAGAUGCGCGCUGCCGGCUCGGCGGCCCGGCCGGCCGGGCGGACCGCGUCGCCGGCGCGGUCCGCCGUGGCCGCGGCGCCGCGCCAGGCAGUGCCCCGACCGCCGCUGUCGCCGCCGCGGCCCGCCGUGCCCGAGGUCUCUCACCUGCCCAUUUGGCACCAAACGGCCGUCUAACGCGCACUGCCCGCUUCCUAAAUUGUGUGGUUGGCCGCCGCCCGGGCGGCUGACCUGCGCGACGCCGACCAGGACGCUGGCAUGUCUCAGUCGCGCGACUGUGAGCCGUCGCCGCCGCUGCCGCACAGUGCCUCGCGGGCCAGCGUGGUCUCUGGAGGCCGGCGCUC